GCGAGGUCAGGUGUGUCCCCAAGAUGGCGGCCCUCAGGGCUCUGGUGUCGGGCUGCGGGCGGCAGCUUCAAGGGUUCCUGGCAGGCCCCGCCGCGACCGGCUGGCCAUGGCUUCCAGCUCGUGGGUUGAGAGAAGUGGUGGAGAUCCAAGAAGGGAAGACAACUGUAAUUGAAGGCCGAAUCACAGAAACUCCCAAGGCAACUCCAAACCCCCCUAACCCCUCAGGCCAGUGCCCCAUCUGCCGUUGGAACCUGAAGCACAAAUAUAACUAUGAGGAUGUACUGCUGCUCAGUCAGUUCAUCCGGCCCCAUGGAGGUAUGCUGCCCCGGAACAUCACAGGCUUGUGCCUGGAAGAACACCGAAAGAUUGAGGAGUGUGUAAAGAUGGCUCACCGAGCAGGUCUAUUCCCAGAUCACAGGCCACGGCUUCCAGAAGGGUCCUUACCAAAGAGUAAACCCAAGCUCAACCGCUACUUGACUCGCUGGGCUCCCAGCUCUGUCAAGCCCAUCUAUAAAAAAGGUCACCGUUGGAACAAGGUGGGUAUGGCCGUGGGGUCGCCACUCUUGAAAGACAACGUCUGCUACUCCAGGAGGCCUUUGAAGCUGCUUCAUUAAUGGAGCCCUGCCCUGCGGCUGAAGACCCGGACAGCCUCCCACGCGACGCUCCCAUCAGAACCACGGGGA